CCUCCUCCUGCCAUCUGAAUACAUUUGAGCCAGAAUGGAUCUCAGCGAGUGGCCAUGCUGUCUGUUGCGACAUCUACAAUCCUGAAGCAGUAGUCAAGACGAGAUCCAUGGCAGAAGACACAUCAGCACCGUCAACCACAUCCGGCGUCGAUCGCCAACAACUCGACACAGCGAUCCGGUCACGCCUUGCAGCAACGCAUGUUGAAAUUGAGGAUAUCAGUGGUGGAUGCGGACAAGCGUACGAGGUGGUGAUUGUGUCUGGGAAGUUUGAAGGGCUACGGACAUUACAACGGCAUAAGCUGGUGAUGAAGGAGUUGAUGGAGGAGGUGAAGGCCGUGCAUGCGUUUACACAGCGCGAUUACACACCUGCGGAGUGGCAGCAGAUCAAGGAUGCUGAAUAGCAAGAGACAAGCUGACUGGAAUGAGAUAAUGG